ACCUCUUUUUCUUCUUCAUCUAGGGUCUGUCCAUAAUAACAAACCACUGCUCUUUACUCUCAUUCCAUCACACACAUUUGCGCAAAAGAAACACACAGUAAUGGCGAAAUCUGUGUUGAUGUUAGCCUUAUGUGUACUAUUGCCGGCGCUCAUCAGCGCUUCACGUCCGAUGUCGCGUCCGUUCCUCUUGCAAGGCAGAGUUUACUGCGAUACUUGCCGUGCCGGUUUUGAAACCUCCGCCACCACUUACAUUCCUCAUGCUAAGGUAAGGGUGGAGUGCAAGAACAGGCAACAGAAAGUCCUGUACAGCAUGGAGGGAAUGACUGAUGCAACAGGAACAUACCACAUCCGUGUGAAUGAAGAUCAUGGUGACGAGACAUGUGAUGUGGUCCUUGUCAGCAGCCCACUUGGCAACUGCAAUAAGGCUGACCCGGGACGUGACCGUGCGCGUGUGGUUCUCACCAGCUACAAUGGGAUUGUGUCUGACACACGUUUUGCAAAUGCAAUGGGGUUCAUGAAGGAUGAGGUCAUGUCUGGUUGUACCACACUCCUUCAGUCUCUCAUGGAAGAAGAUGAUUAGAAAAAUUGUGUUUCCUAAAUUCUUGUUUAGUAUGGGUUUUAUGAGUAAUGGUUGCUUAAUACACAUUCUAUUUUUUUGUUUGUAAUGUUGUGGUUGAUAUAAAGGAUUAACAACGAAACAUCUUGUUUCGGAUGGAAUGAGAUGUUCAUGAAUCAUGCA